UGGCCCUCUGUGUGUGUGUGUGAGAACAGUCUCUUCUCUAUCUGGUAACUAAGCUCUGCCAUGGCGAUCGACGUCGCCUCCUCCGACCCAAUCGAGAAGGUUCUCGAAGACCUAGAAGCUCAGAAAACCCUAAUCACCAACUGCACCCUCCUGUGGAAGAGCCUCUCUGACCACUUCUCCUCCCUCCGCCAAACCCUAGCCGAUCGGUCCCAAGCCCUCGACGCUGAUCUCCAAUCCAUCGACUCCACCACCAAGCAAACCCUAGAAACCCUCUCCUCCCGCGAGGCCUCCGUCCCCGACCGCGAGGCCGCCGCCGCCGCCCUCAUCAAGGAGCGCCGCGACGCCGCCGUCGCCGAGAUCGAGGACCCCGCCGCCGCCUCCGCCGCCGCCGCCGCGGCUGCGCCGCCCCCCACCGACAUCCGCGGGAUCCUCCGGUGGUUCUGCCGCCGCAUGGACUCCGCCGGGCUCUGGCGCUUCAUGGUCUCCCGCCGCCGCGACCUCGGCGUCCUCCGCUUCGAGAUCGGUGAGGCCGUGGCGGGGUCGGUGGACCCGGCGCGCGUGGUUGUGGACGCCGUAGGGGACUACCUAGGGCAACUCUCCAGCGGCGGCGGCGGCGGCGGCGGAGGCGGUGGGCACGAUCCGAAGUGGGUGUUCGGGAUGCUGGUGAUGACUCUGUUCGAUUCGGAUGGGAAGAAGGCGCCGGAGGUGUCGGAGAGCAUGAAGGAGAGGGCGGCGGCGGUGGUCGAGGAGUGGAAGGAGAAGCUUGUUAUAAAGGGAGACGCGGAGGGCGCGGCGGAAGGGGAAGAAGGGUCGGGCCGGGCCGCGCAGAUAUUCCUUCAGAUGGUCGCCGCGUUCGGGCUGAGCUCGAGGUUCGAAGAAGAGUUCUUGAGGAAGGUGUUCCUGGAGAACGCUCAGAGGAAGGAGAUUGCGAGGCUCGCUCCGAUGCUAGGAUUUGGAAAGAUACUUGGAGAGCUUGUUGACGACCUGUUAAAGACUGGGAAAGACAUAGAGGCUGUAUAUAUUGUUACGGACUGUGGUUUGACCGAACAAUUUCCCCCCGUCUCUCUUCUCAAGUCUUACCUCCACGCCUCCAGAAAAAAAGCUCAUGCCAUGUUGAAAAAUGGGAACCGUUCCUAUGCUGCUACGGAAGAGGCUAGCAAUAUAGAGUACAACGCCAUUAAAGCUGUGAUCAACUGCGUCCAAAACUGCAAGCUCGAGUCACAAUUUAGCACUAAUGCCCUAAAGAUUAAGCUCUUCCAAAUGGAGAAAGCUAAGGCGGACAGGAAAAAAGCCACAGCACCCAAGCCACCUUCAGUUAAGCGGAGGCGAGCUGCUUCUUCUAGUGCCGGGGUCUCCUCUUUCCGUGCUGCCAAAAGAAGCCGAAGUUCCAAUUCAGCUUAUGGUUCGUACGGUCAUCGCAGACCAUCAACUGGACCUCGUGGACCGUCCUCUUCAUACAAAUAUCCACCUCAGGUUGCACCCGCACCUGCAUAUGGCGCAGCCUCUUAUGUACAAAAUCCGGCAGCAGUUUCUCAACAAUACUAUCCAGUUAAUUAUGCUGGCUAUGAUUACGCAGCUCCACAAUCGGUUCCUUCCCAGCCUUCGCAUCCCCAAUAAUCUUCAUCGUGCAUAUGUUUGCUAAAUUUUUGUUUGUUUUCGAGAACUUUUAAUCUCCACUAUAUGCUGUGAAAUGCAAGGCGACGGUGGGGCAACUGUUUACUGUCUCAAUUUGGUUAUCUGAAAGCCAGUUUUACUCGGCUGCUUUUUUCUUUCUUUUUUCAGAAAGUGCUACUUGAGUUGUUGGUAUGUUUAUUUUACACAGUGUUGCUGUUACUUUUUUGAGAACAAACAAUGUUGCUAAAUUGUUUGAUUUGGUUGCAACAGAACAAUGUUGAAACUUUCAUGCAA